AUGAAUGUAAAUGUUUUAACUUUUCUAAGAAAUGAAAAUAUGAAAAGGGUAGAUUAUUAUUUUCAGCGUCCAGAUAACCCUAAUCGAAGACCUCGACACAAGUCUACAAUAACUACAUUAACACCAAAUAAGAAGGAACUCGAAGAAAAGGAAAGGAAAAAGAAGUUACGAACAAACACAAAUAAAGAGAAGGCAAAGAAGGCAGUCUUUGAUGAAGAUGAAAAGCAAAUGGAUAAACAAAAAGAAACGGUCGAUGCUAAAGAUAUAUUUUGUCCUGUUUGCGAAGAAGAGUAUGAAGAUCCACCAACCCUUGACUGGAUUAGGUGUAGCAAGUGCAACAUAUAA